GCUCGGAUCGCAGGUGCGCCGCGGGCCGCCGAAGCAGGCGAUCGUUGCUACUUCUUCCCCUUCCUUCCUCUUCAUUCCUCGCUUUUCCGUAUCUCUCGCUCGAAGGGAAAUUUCGCAGUGAGCGAGUCAGUGUGAGUCAACCCGCCCGCGUUCCUGCUCCCUCUCCUCGCCGCCGCCGGGAAAGAAGAAAUGGCCGUCUCCGUCCCCGUCCUCGCCGCCGUCGUCGCCCUCCACCUCAUCGCUUUCGUCUUCGCCGUCGGCGCCGAACGCCGCCGCAGCACUGCGACGGUGAAGCCCGACCAGUACGACGAGCGCACCUACUGCGUGUACGACACCGAUGCGUCCACGAUUUACGGCCUGUCGGCGUUCGGGCUGCUGCUGCUCAGCCAGAUGGUGGUCACCGUCGUCACCAAGUGCCUCUGCUUCGGUCGAGGCCUCCUCACCGGGACCUCCGUCACCACCUGCGCCAUCUUCUUCUUCAUCUUCUCCUGGGUGACCUUUUUGGGAGCUGAAGCUUGCUUACUGGCUGGGUCAGCAAGAAAUGCAUACCACACAAAGUACCGAGGAGCGUUUGGUGGAACCGAAAUAUCAUGUGCCACUCUUCGCAAAGGUGUAUUUGCUGCUGGUGCUGCUCUGACAUUGUUGUCAUUAAUCGGUUCAGUAGCUUACUAUUGGGCUCACUCAAGAGCCGACACGGGUGGAUGGCAGAAGCAUCAGAAUGAAGGUCUUGGCUUGGCUGCAUCCAAUUAUACAGAGCAACAGCAACAUCAUCAGAACAGUGGUGGAUUUGAGAAAGCGUAAUCCUAGUCUGAUGAUGAUGUAAGGGGGCAUAAUUUUGGUCUCUUGGUCUGAAAACUCAUAGUCAGUGGUAGAUAUCUGAGUAUGUCAGAGUCCCCCCUUUAUUUUCUCUUUAUAUAUACCCGCAAUAUAUAUGCAUAUGUUCGUGUUGUGGUUUGGGACAUAUUCCUUUCGCUGACUCAAGGGUGUACAUGCUUCGUUAUCAUUUGAUUCUAGACUACUUGUCAUGCCUGGAGCUUGAAUGUCAAAUCUCAUGGUUGGCUACCCAGUCCUGCUGGCUUUAGCCCCGGGGCGAA